AAGAAGGGAGCGGAGAGAAGAGGAAUGCUGGGAGAUAUACGGUCUGCUGGAGAGACGUUUAUCUGUAUGAAGUGAGAAGUUUACUGGGAGUUGCUUCUGUCCGUUCCCUGAAUGGUGUAUGUUCAUGUACAAGGCACCGGCAGCCAUCUUGUUAAGGAUCUGCAGUGAGAGUAGAAGCAGGUUUCCUUCUGAACCAAGAGUUGUGUAACCUGACUGCCUGGCCAGUAAAGGGUCACUGGGAUCUCUAUAAGCAGCUGUUUAUCUAUAAGUCUGUGUGACAUCUAUGAACUGGGAAGCCCUGAGUUGCUGGAUGUUUCUUCAGCUCUCACAAGUGUUUCCCUGUUUCAUUACAGCCGUCGCCUGUUAGUGUCCCAUUAAACAAGUGGAGCUGCAAGAGUCAGAAGAGAAAAAGUAGGGCUGCCGGCCCAGCACCAGAGGGAGCUCCUUUCAGCUUUUCAUAAUCCUCCGCACACACCAAUGAAACCAGCGUUUCCUCGUACAGCUUCAACACAUGGCAGAAUCCUUCUUUCCACAGAAAUGCGAUAUUCUAGUUAAAGGUCCCACGCACACUACGACACACUAUAUCCAGCUGACAACAAGUUGCGAACAUUCUCACGAUGGCAGACUCAUCCCCUUCAGCAGUUUUCAAGUUAGAGGAGUUUAAGAAUGAAGAACAGGGAGUACCUUUUUCUUUUGUGGAUCCCGCUCGUGGGGCAGGUUUUGAACAACCUGUAGCUAAGAGUUCACCUAACCUACGAAGACACCCAGGUAAGGAACCACGUUUACGCAUUGAGUCUGCUACAGACCACAGCGAGACAGACAAAGUGAGCGAGCUCCACCCUUUUCGUUCCCGUUCUCGUUCUGCUCCGUCUUCCAUGAUCGCUACAAAAUAUGGAAGAGAGUUAAGAAGAAUGAGUGAUGAAUUUGAAAAAAGCUUUGCGGGCCUUCCUCGUCCAAAGAGUGCCGGUGCCGCGGGUCAGAUGACUGGGAACAAAAGUUUCAAAGAAUUAAUAAUGGGUUUGUUUGUAAGACGGAAAAGUAAAGGAAAGGAUGAGUCUGGAGAUGAGGAGUGAUCCUGUUCUGUGAUGGGAACUACCCACUAUGUGAAAUAUUUGCAGAAUUUGACACAGUUUCACUGGAUUGCGCUUUCCUGAAUUUUAGGGAAACAUGAUGGCGGAUUUGAAUGGGAAUACAAAUUGCUGCAUAUAAAUAUGCCAGCAGGAAAACAUGCAGGUGUUUUGGCUGAACAAACUGUCGGUGAACGUUCUUUGUACAGAAAGCUGCUGAGUAAAAUAGUGGGUAAUUACAGAAGGUGUCAACGUCAUUGUGGAAAG